UAGAAGGUGAAAUAUAUCAAUGAAUGUUCUUUUACUUUAUCUAUCUUAAUAUUACUGUAUAUAUACAUAUUUAUAAUAGGAAACAUUUUGAUCCUAAAUGAAAUAUGUGUUUUCUUUUCUUUUCCUCCAAACAAGAUAACGAGUUAUUCCAUUAACGUCUGAGAGGGUUAAUAAAACAACUCAACAACACCGUUCCCUUCUCUCUUUCUUUUCCACUUCCCUCCGCGCAGUUAUCCAAACACACUACAAACUCCCUCUCUCUCUCUCUCUCUCUAAUAUGUCACUAAUGUGAUACAGUCACUCUCUAUCUCCAGACUCCGGUGUGAAUCCUGUCAAAAGUCUCAUCCCAUCCCGCGAAAGAAGAGAAACAAUGUCGUAUGUGCCUCCUCAUCUCAGGAACAACUCCUCAGUCACAACCAAAACAAUCCCAACAACCCUAGAAAACAGUUCCACUACUCAUCACUAUAACAAUCUCAACUCUCACCUCCAUCUAUCCAAGAACACCGCCGCCACCGCUAACAACUCAUCCUCCGCCUUCUCCAAUGCAGCUGGCCGGGGUUCCGGCAGCCUCGCCGUCCCUGAUUCGGUUUCCCUCCAGUGGAAGCCCUCGGAACGCGUGCUCCGUCUCACUCCCGAACAGAUCCAAGAGGUCCGUUUACGGCUCAAUGUUGAUGUUACUGUUGCUUCGGACUCCUCCCAUGCACCUGCACCAAUUGAGUCAUUUACAGACAUGUGCUUGCACUCAAGCAUCAUGAAGGAUAUUGCCUUUCACGAAUACACUAGACCUACUCCUAUUCAGGCUCAAGCCAUGCCUAUUGCUCUAAGUGGAAUGGAUCUAUUGGGUUGUGCAGAAACUGGUAGUGGCAAAACUGCUGCAUUCACCAUUCCAAUGAUACAGUAUUGCUUGGCUCAGCCUCCUAUUAGGCGUGGCGAUGGGCCUUUGGCAUUAGUAUUGGCUCCUACAAGAGAGCUUGCCCAACAAAUAGAGAAAGAGGUUAAGGCUUUUAGUAGAUCUCUGGAGUCCUUCAGAACCGCAAUAAUUGUUGGUGGAACAAACAUUGCUGAGCAGAGGUCUGAGCUACGAGCAGGAGUGAAUAUAGUAGUUGCUACUCCUGGAAGAUUUAUUGAUCACUUACAACAAGGAAACACUUCCCUCUCUAGAAUUUCAUUUGUCGUUUUAGACGAGGCUGAUAGAAUGCUUGAUAUGGGGUUUGAACCACAGAUAAGAGAGGUAAUGCGGAGUCUUCCAGAAAAGCAUCAAACUUUGCUUUUUAGUGCAACAAUGCCAGUGGAGAUUGAAGCGCUAGCACAGGAAUACCUGAAUAAUCCAGUGCAAGUAAAAGUGGGAAAAGUAAGUAGCCCAACAGCAAAUGUAUCCCAAAUGUUGGAGAAGGUUUCCGAGAAUGAGAAGAUUGAUCGGCUUCUAGCAUUGCUUGUUGAGGAGGAUACUCAGGCUGAAAGAUCUGGUCACCUCUUUCCCUUAACCAUUGUCUUUGUGGAGAGGAAGACUAGGUGUGAUGAAGUUGCAGAAGCAUUAAUAGCACAAGGUUUACAUGCAGUUGCUCUUCAUGGUGGCCGCAGUCAAAGUGAACGAGAGGCUGCUCUUCGUGAUUUUAGGCAUGGCACUACCAAAAUCUUGGUUGCCACUGAUGUUGCAUCACGUGGUUUGGAUGUCACUGGAGUUUCUCAUGUUAUAAAUCUUGAUCUUCCAAAGACCAUGGAAGAUUAUGUACACCGGAUUGGAAGGACAGGGCGUGCAGGAUCAACCGGCCUAGCUACGUCGUUUUACGCUGAUCGUGAUAUGUUCCUAGUGGCACAAAUAAAGAAAGCAAUAGCAGAUGUUGAAUCUGGGAAUGCUGUGGAGUUUGCAACCGGGAAGGUUGGUCGAAGAAAGGAGCGAGAAGCAGCAGCUGCUCAAAAAGAAGCAAGAGUUGCAAUGUCCAAACUCUCGUUGAUGGGAACGACAGCAAUAAAUGUUGAGGACAAGUACCGAUACAUGAUAGCCCCGUCAAGUAUGAAGAAAGAGGGUGCCGCAGAUGGUGCUUGGGAUGAUUGACACGAUGAAAUUGCACUUCAGUGCCUUAUCUUUUGAUGGUGAAUGAUUUGUUGAAGGGCCUUAAGAAAUCAAUUGAAGACAUGCACUUACAGGUGUGCUGCUUGUGACACGGGGCUUAAAGUGCAAAAAGAGAUGAUGGCAUGCUUGUAAAUUUAUGUACUCUGUGUCAUAUCACCAUCAAUGUAGUUAGCAGUUCUAACAAAGACUAGUUGCUUGGUGUUGUUUUGAAGUUUGUAGGAUAUUGUUACAGUAUGCAUGAUAUAAUUUUACGUAUAUUGGAAUUAAAGCUAGUCUUUUUUUGUGAA